AUGAAGCCACAAAAUACAGCCCGCGCAUUACGCUCAAUACGGAGAAGCCUCCCGCAACCCCAAAAAAGCUAUGUAGCUGCCGCACAAUCGCCACUCCGGAUACCACGACCCUCACGAGGCUUGUCCACCACCGCGUCACGACACCACAACCCCACCCCGAAUUCCACUUCGACGGUCGACCCAACAGAAGUAUCGCACUUCAACGCCCUCGCCUCAUCAUGGUGGGACCCCCACGGCCCUUCACGCCUACUCCACCUCAUGAACCCGCUACGCCACACCUUCAUCUCCCAAUGCCGCUCCUCCACCUCUGCUCCCAACCCACAGGAAAAGCUACGAUACCUAGACAUUGGUUGUGGCGGCGGCAUCUUUGCUGAAUCUGCCGCGCGCCUUCCCACGACUACAUCUGUCACAGCCAUCGACCCCACACCGCAGGUCCUGUCCAUUGCCGAAGCACACAAAAGGCGAGAUCCCACCUUGACCUCGCCGGGGAAACUCACGUACUUGAAUACAUCAAUCGAACAGCUGCCGCAGCCUGCCUCGCCCUCCGAAGCCUUCGACGUCGUAACGCUAUUCGAAGUCAUCGAGCACGUCAAUGCGCCCGGCCCGUUCCUCGAACACGUUUUACCACAUGUGAAACCCGGUGGUUGGCUGAUUAUGAGCACGAUUGCGAGGACGUGGACGAGUUGGGUUGUUACGAAUGUCGUUGCCGAGGAUGUGUUGGGGAUUGUGCCCAAGGGGACACAUGAGUGGAGCAAGUAUGUCAAUGAGGAAGAGUUGAGAGCUUGGUUUGGGAAACAGCCUGGCUGGGGGAGCGUCAAGGUCAUGGGUACGGUUUACGUGCCCGGGUUGGGGUGGAAGGAGGUGGCAGGGAGUGAGGGGUGGGGCAACUACUUUUUUGGCGUCAGGAGAGAGAGCUGA